AUGCUGCGCGAGAUAGCUCAGCGGCGUCACGCGCUAUGUCUGCGAGAAUACUUUUCCGAUGCCACGAACUUCACGCGACAAUCUCAGGACACGGCAAUCGCUCAGGCCGAUGCUUAUUUCAACCUCGGAGCCUUCGACUUUGACGAUGGCAAAAGAGUGGGCAUCUUUCAGCAUACAGAGCAAUUCUCCGACAUUGUACGUUUUUUGAACUCAUUUCUUUCCUUGCUUUUCCCGGGUGGCAGCUGGUCUUCUAUCUGUGUGAGCCACAAUGUUCGCGCGCUUUUACAUACAGAUGCAGGCAACCAACCGGGUAGCACCAACUUUUCUAUCUCACUGGGCAACUUUUGUGGUGGAUGA